GACUUAAAAUCUCGAAGUUGCCUGAAAAAGCCAGCAUCAAUGGCGGAAAACCAGGCACGGGGCCUGCUCUUCCACAAAACGCUCUCCAAAACAAGCCAAGAUGCUAAGGGGAAACAAAUACAUGAAGAUUUUUUUCGAUUCUACCCUUCUGGAUUACGCUUGCUUUGCGCCUCUCCUUCCUGUGUACUUUUCAGGGGCUAUUAGCGAGAACGACUAUGCUGAUUGAAGUUUGACCGUUCGACGCUGGCUAUAUGCCACGCUAGAUUAAGGUUUACUGUUUAAUAUUAAAUUGUUUUUUUGAGACAACUUUUUUUUUUUUAACAUAUUUACAAGGGACGGUAUCGAAUUCAGGCCAAGGAAAAGGAGGAGUGUACUUUUUUUUCAAUAUAACUAAUGUCACUAG